GACCCCAGGGAGAUCAGCCUGGACAGCAGGUGCUCAGCCCCUCCCUCAGCAACAUCGGAGCCCAGCAUGGAGACAGCCACCACACUGGAGGCGGCCUCAUGCUCCCAGCGGCAGGUGGGAGCAGCUGCUGGCCCAGAGGAUGCUGGAGGAACCCAGGUUUUACAUCAGCAGGAGGCAGCCAGCCCCUCUCCACAGCUCCUGUCCUCUAUUGAAGAGCACCCCAAGAUCUGGCUACCUCGGGCCCUGAGACAGACUUACAUCCGGAAGGUUGGGGACACAGUGAAUCUACUAAUCCCAUUCCAGGGCAAACCCAAACCUCAAACCACCUGGACUCACAAUGGCUCUGCCCUGGACAACAGUCGUGUGAGUGUGCGGAGUGGGGCACAGGACUCCAUUCUUUUCAUCAGAGAAGCCCAGCGUGCUGAUUCGGGAUGCUACCAACUCUGUGUGCAGCUUGGUGGGCUGCAGGCCACUGCCACCAUCAAUAUCCUGGUGAUUGAGAAGCCAGGCCCUCCUCAGAGUAUUAAGUUGGUGGAUGUUUGGGGCUCCAACGCUACUCUGGAAUGGACACCUCCACAAGAUACGGGCAAUACAGAACUCCUGGGAUACACAGUGCAGAAGGCUGACAAGAAGUCUGGGCUGUGGUUCACGGUCCUGGAGCGUUACCACCGCACCAGCUGCGUCGUCUCCGAUCUCAUCGUUGGCAACUCCUACGCCUUUCGCGUCUUUGCGGAGAACCAGUGUGGGCUCAGUGAAACAGCUCCUGUCACAGCUGACCUUGCCCACAUCCAGAAAGCAGCUCCUGUUUACAAGACCAAAGGGUUUGCCCAGCGGGACCUCUCGGAAGCCCCCACGUUCACCCAGCCUCUGGCCGACUGCACCACCAUCACUGGCUACGACACCCAGCUCUUCUGCUCUGUGCGCGCCUCUCCCAAGCCCAAGAUCAUCUGGCUAAAGAACAAGAUGGAUCUCCAAGGCAACCCCAAGUACAGAGCCCUCAGUCAGCUGGGGAUCUGCUCCCUGGAGAUCCGCAAGCCUAGUCCUUUUGAUGGAGGCAUCUACACCUGCAAGGCCAUCAAUGCCCUGGGGGAGGCGUCCGUGGACUGUCGGGUGGACGUUAAAGCUCCGCAUUAAGGCUGUCCUAGGAAGACGGGAAAUUCGAGGAAGGGCCUCCGGGAAGCAUGACUGACAAGACUGUAUUCCUAAGGAGCCUUAGCUGGCUUGGUCUAAGCUAAAUAAAUAUACAGAUCCUCAA